UUUUGAUUGUUUGUAGGUAUACACGCUUAUUGGAUAUCUGGUUUUACAUUGUUUCCACUUAAAGUAUGGUUAAAAUUCUGUUUAAAAAUAUCACACAGCUUAUUUCAUGGUCGGAGCCGAUAUUAAUUUGAUUAAAAUUUAAAAAUGGCCGAAUUAACUGAAGAAGAGGAAACGCAUCUGAGAGAAGUUUACGAUGAAUUAAGCGGGGAGGAAAGUGGGGGAUUGAAAAUUGAUAAGCUGUUAGAAAUGGCUCAAAUAUUUGGACUGAAUUUGUCUAGAAAAGAAGUGCAGGACAAACUUGAUGAAUUCGACAGCGAUCAAGAUGGGGAUUUGGAUUUUGAGGAGCUGAAAAGAUUAGUCGCCGGGCUAUACAGAAAUAGAGAGGAAAGGCAUGAAGAUAUUAUGAACGCAGUUAAAACCAUUCUACAGAACUUGGAGUUAAAUGAUGACGACUGCCUAACUAAGGAACAGUUUGGACAGUUUCUAAUGGAAAGGGGAGAUGACCCAUUGUCUCCAGAAGAUAUAACUGAAAUAUUUACCUCCCUUGAUAAAGAUG